ACCCACAAUUUCCCUGAACUAGGCCUUAAUUUUGCUGUUCAGGGUUUUUGGACUGUGUCCUCUGAUUUCUUUUUUCAUAUCAUCAUCGUCGUCGUUGUCGUCGUCGUUGUCAUUAAUUGUCCUCGGUCUUUCUGUUUGACUUUUUGCCCAGCUACUGCUGAGAGGAGCAAGUCACCGCCAUGGCUUCCCAUUCCACUCACUCUCCUCAGUUGAGUGAGAGCAGCAGCUAUUCGCGGAAUGUCCCGUCUCAAAAUCAACACUACGCAUAUGAUGAAAAGGACGAAGCCGAAGACGGAUCACAAUCUCUCCUCCAUCGCCAGGAGCCCGGCGCGUACAAUGGCCCGUUCGAUGAUCCCCAAACCCCAGGCUCUGAGUCUCAGCGCCGAUACACCCUGCAUGAUUCAGGCUCGACCGGCUUUCCCAUGCCUUACGGCGACCCGCAUGCUGGCCUUCACUCGCCCAGCGCGUACGAUCCACCAAUCGCAGACAACCGGUCCGAUACAUCUGAGGCCUGGAAACAACGGCAGGCUCCCGCCACUGGUUUACGUCGAUAUGCCACCAGGAAAAUCAAACUUGUGCAGGGCUCCGUUCUGAGUGUCGACUAUCCCGUCCCUAGCGCCAUUCAGAAUGCCAUUCAAGCACAAUACCGAGAGGCGGAGGAAGGGUUUCCGGAGGAGUUCACACACAUGAGAUACACCGCGGCGACUUGUGAUCCCGACGAAUUCACCCUCCGCAACGGUUACAACUUGCGAACUGCGAUGUAUAACCGUCAUACCGAGUUGCUCAUUGCCAUCACAUACUACAACGAAGACAAGGUCCUCACAGCCCGAACGCUCCACGGUGUCAUGCAAAAUAUUCGUGACAUUGUCAACUUAAAGAAAUCUGAAUUCUGGAACAAGGGAGGUCCGGCCUGGCAGAAAAUCGUUAUUUGCCUGGUCUUCGACGGAAUCGACCCUUGCGAUAAGAAUACUCUUGAUCUGCUGGCCACCAUUGGUAUUUAUCAGGAUGGAGUCAUGAAGCGAGAUGUCGACGGCAAGGAAACGGUUGCUCACGUGUUCGAAUACACUACGCAGCUGUCUGUGACGGCAACCCAGCAGUUGAUCCGCCCGCAAGGAAAUGAGUCCACCAACCUGCCUCCAGUGCAGAUGAUUUUCUGCCUCAAGCAGAAGAACAGCAAGAAAAUCAAUUCUCACCGCUGGCUUUUCAAUGCCUUCAGUCGAAUCCUGAACCCGGAGGUGGUGAUUCUGCUGGACGCCGGAACGAAACCAGGGAAGAAGUCCUUGCUUCACCUGUGGGAGUCCUUUUAUAAUGACCGAAACUUGGGCGGUUCCUGCGGUGAAAUCCACGCCAUGUUGGGUCCUAACUGGAGGAAGCUGAUCAAUCCCCUGGUGGCUGCGCAGAACUUUGAAUAUAAAAUCUCUAAUAUUCUUGAUAAGCCGCUCGAAAGUUCCUUUGGGUAUGUCAGUGUCUUGCCUGGAGCUUUCUCUGCGUAUCGCUACCGCGCAAUCAUGGGAAGACCCCUGGAGCAAUACUUCCAUGGCGAUCACACGCUUUCCAAGCAACUCGGCAAGAAGGGUAUUGAAGGAAUGAAUAUCUUCAAAAAGAACAUGUUCUUGGCUGAGGAUCGAAUCUUGUGCUUCGAGCUUGUGGCCAAAGCCGGUUUCAAAUGGCAUUUAACCUAUGUCAAGGCCGCCAAGGGUGAAACUGAUGUGCCAGAAGGUGCCGCGGAAUUCAUCAGUCAGAGACGUCGUUGGCUCAACGGUUCAUUCGCAGCCAGUCUGUAUGCCGUCAUGCAUUUCACCCGUAUUUACAAGAGUGGUCACAACAUCAUUCGCCUGUUUUUCCUCCAUCUCCAACUGCUUUAUAACAUGGUCAACCUGAUCAUGACCUGGUUUGCCCUUGCUGCCUACUGGUUGACGAGUUCGGUUAUCAUGGACCUGGUCGGAACUCCUAGUUCAUCGAACAAAGAGAAAGGUUGGCCUUGGGGUGACGAUGCAUCGCCGAUUGUUAACAACUUCAUCAAGUAUGGAUACUUGUUGACUCUCAUGCUGCAGUUCAUCCUUGCGCUGGGUAACCGACCAAAAGGUGCCAAGUUUUACUAUACCAUCUCUUUUAUUUACUUUGCCUUUGUCCAAGCCUAUGUGCUCAUCCUCUCAUUCUACCUUGUCGUCAAUGCCUUCUCGGGAUCCGUGGAUGAAUUCACCUUCAACGAGGGCAUUGGCGCGUUCCUGUAUUCCUUCUUCGCCUCCAGUGGAGCAGGUGUGGUGGUUAUCGCCCUCGCUUCCACUUAUGGUAUCUACAUCCUCGCCAGCUUCCUGUAUAUGGACCCCUGGCAUAUCUUUACCUCCUCCUGGGCCUAUUUCCUCGGCAUGACUUCCUCGAUCAACGUUCUGAUGGUGUACGCCUUCUGCAACUGGCACGAUGUGUCCUGGGGUACCAAGGGAUCCGACAAGGCGGAAGCCCUUCCAUCCGUCCAAACAAAAAAGGACGACAGCAAGUCCAACUUCAUUGAGGAAAUCGACAAGCCGCAGGCGGAUAUCGACAGUCAGUUUGAAGCCACCGUUAAGCGUGCCCUGGCACCCUGGGUCGAACCUCCCGAGGACCAUAGCAAGAACAUGGACGACUCGUAUAAAUCUUUCCGAACAAACUUGGUGCUCCUGUGGAUCUUCAGCAACAUCAUCGUCGCUCUCUUUAUCACCUCUAAUGGAAUAAAAAAGAUGUGUUUGACCAACUCGUCCACCACCCGCACCACCUGGUAUUUCGAGGUUAUCCUCUGGACGACAGCUGGUUUGUCUCUAUUCCGAUUCCUCGGUGCCCUUUGGUUUUUGGCCAAGUCUGGAAUCUUGUGCUGCGUGAAGAGAAACUGAGCGUACCUCCAUGCCCUGUGACAUUGGGCAUCAUUUAUAUAUAUAUAUAUCUUUUUCCAGAUACCACUUGACUUUUCCUGUCUUAUAGAUACUCGAGUCUUAUUUUCUGUUUGUGUUUUAUUCUUGCUUGUUAUUCUUUUCUUUUGGAAUGUUCCUUCUUUCUAAAUACUAUGUCUUAUUAUAUACUGACAGCCUUGUCUUGGUCUUGAAUUUUGGCUAGCUUGACCCGUUGGACCAUUGGCCCUUCAUCUGUA